GCCGGCGAGCAGUGCGGACGCGUCGUGGAAAGGAUACGGUUGUCGUUGCCCGCAAAUAUUUGCUGGCACGACCGCGAUUUGCCCCACCGUCGGAGCCCACGGUAACGCGGACGGAUCCCGCGGACAGAGAACCACCUCCUCUCUGCCCGGCCCGACGACCCUCCCUCCCUCGCGACGGGUUACCCGGUGUUCUACCAGCGCCGCGGCGGUUCCCCUCUAUUGAUCGAAUUCGACCUGCGAAGUUUCUCCUAGCGUGUGCGGUAGUGGCGGCCGGCAGUGGCUCUCGCGUUACGUUCCUCGGUUAGUGCGGUAAAUAAUCGCGAUACCUCGGCAUGGCUGCUCCGGCCACUUGCACGCGGUUCAGUGACAACUACGAAGUCAAGGAGGAACUGGGCAAGGGCGCCUUCUCCGUGGUACGACGAUGCGUCCAGAAGAGCACCGGCCACGAGUUCGCGGCGAAAAUCAUAAAUACCAAAAAGCUCACGGCCAGAGAUUUCCAGAAACUCGAACGUGAGGCGCGGAUAUGCAGAAAAUUGCAACAUCCAAAUAUCGUGAGAUUACACGACAACAUACAGGAGGAGAACUACCAUUACCUCGUCUUUGAUCUAGUGACUGGUGGAGAACUGUUCGAGGACAUUGUCGCGCGAGAAUUCUACAGUGAAGCAGACGCUUCUCACUGUAUCCAGCAAAUCCUGGAAAGCGUACACCACUGCCACCAUAAUGGAGUUGUGCACAGGGACCUGAAACCUGAGAAUCUGCUGCUCGCGAGUAAGGCGAAAGGCGCGGCUGUGAAACUAGCUGAUUUCGGAUUGGCGAUCGAAGUGCAGGGUGACGCGCUAGCAUGGUUCGGUUUCGCUGGAACGCCCGGUUACCUCAGUCCGGAAGUCCUCAAGAAGGAACCUUACGGCAAGCCAGUCGACAUCUGGGCGUGUGGCGUCAUCCUUUACAUCCUCCUCGUCGGUUAUCCGCCGUUUUGGGACGAGGAUCAGGGUCGACUCUACAUGCAGAUCAAGGCUGGAUCGUACGACUACCCCAGCCCAGAAUGGGACACUGUGACGCCGGAAGCAAAGAAUCUCAUCAAUCAGAUGCUGACGGUGAAUCCUAGCAAAAGGAUCACCGCCAGCGAGGCACUGAAGCAUCCAUGGAUCUGCCAACGUGAACGUGUCGCAUCCGUCGUCCACAGACAAGAGACGGUGGAUUGUUUGAAGAAAUUUAACGCAAGGCGCAAAUUAAAGGGCGCUAUUCUGACGACCAUGUUGGCGACGCGGAACUUUUCCAGUAAGUAUGAUACACAGGGUCGGAGCACCAUCACGAAGAAGGGAGACGGUUCCCAGGUGAAGGAAUCCACCGACAGCAGCACAACGAUCGAGGACGAUGACGUUAGAGAGGAUAAGAAGGGCGGCGUCGACCGGAGCAGCACGGUCAUUGCCAAAGAACCCGAAGGCUCCGCCUCCCAGGGCACGCCUCCGAACAGUCCUGCCGCCGUGUCCGCACUCAUCAGGGUAGUCGGGGCAGCGAGCCAGAACAAGCAACCCCAGAACCAGGUUCAGGGGAACCCCCUUGGAUUAGCCGCGGUACUCCUACAGGGAGCCCAAGCUGGCAGCGCAGGAAGCGGUAGCAGCAGUGGAAGCAGCAGCAACAGCCAGAACAGCCAGACAGGCGCUUCACCGUCGUCGUCGUCGGCCGUCUACAUCGGCAACCACACCGCGGCGACGCCCACGACAUCGUCGCGACGCUACGACUCUGCGAGCAACGAACCGGAAGUCCGACGAACGGGCGCCGCUGGAUACGUGCAGCUUGGCCCGGCCGAGUGCUGCGACCCGGAAGACGGUAAGAGGAGCACCAGCGUCGCUAAGGUCGCAGGGAAAGCGAAAAAAAAGGGCACGAAGGACGAGGACGCCUGCUCGAAGCUUAGACGAUGUCGCUUGUCGUGAAGUUUGAGCCACGCGACGUUCCACGACGCCUCGAAUUCCCACCUAGAUGGCCAGUGAGUCUGAUUGGUAACACAUAGUAUCAUUUCUUAGAUUAUAAUAUAGAAUUCUAUAGUAUAAUUUAAGAAACUGUGCUGUACCACUAAGACCCACUGUCCAUCUUGUUACCUCUGCACAGUACCUCGAUAUACCUUUGGAUAUUUCAAGUACUUUGUCUUUCUGUGAUUCGAGAGUGUCUUCUUACUCUUGGAGCCUCGAAAGUUGGUCAACUUUGAGAAUUUUAUUUGAAGAUAAGGUAUAUGUAAUCGGUUUCAAGUUCGGUAGAAGCAUUUAUUGAUCAUCAAAGAUCAAUUUCAGAGGACUUCGAGGCUCGUUAAGCGUCACGAAGAAGCUCCUCGCGCGAGCUUCUGUCUUUGGAGACUGUCGGUGUAUCUUUUUGGUGUCCCCUUUUUUCUGGAUACCUGGUAAUCGAGGCACCACUCGUGGUCUCUGGUAUUUUGCCCUUUUGGUAGUUGCUGCGUGAUUGGUUUCGCGAUACGACGAGCUCGGUAACGUAUGAAACACAAUUCCUUGCUCUCAAGUGGACCAGUGAUUCAAUAAAUUAAUUCAUUCUAACAAUAACCUGUGCAAGAUCGUGAACAAACGAGUCGAUUUGAUUCGUCGUAUCGCGAAUCCGUCGUAGCGAGUAGUCAUGGUUUUGUUUUGGCGAACGUCGACCCGUAAGUAGUAAGUAUCGAUUUUGGUUAGACAUGGGAGUCAACAGGACACCGUCAGGCACGACGCCAAAGGAUCCAGCAGCACUUUUAGUACAAUCAGAGUGUCCUCCAACGACCUCAAGACUCACUUCUCGCACGAACCCUUAUUUAUUUUAUUUAUUUAUUUUUUUUCAUUUUUGUCUCUCUUUUUUUUGGAUAUUGUCUUUGAAGAAACACGUGGUGCCACGUGCGCACGCGUGCCGACUCGCACAAUUGUCGCCGUGGAAGACAGAGUAUCACAGUUUGAGUGACUCGAAGGUUUGAGAGUUUCAGAGCAUUGAAGACUCAUAGGUUGUGUGUCUCGAAGCAUUGAAAGCACAAAUUUCGAGUAACUCAAAGGAUGUGUAACUAGAAAAGGGACUUGCGAAAACACUCCGAGCAUUGUCUCUGUGCGACCCUAUUGUUUGUCCCGCAUUAUGUAACGCAGAGUUUAGUGUGCAAACUGACCACUCGUAAAAUACCAUUUCUCCAAAAGCGACGUUGCAUUCGCCAAACAGUUUUUUCCUAUUAAAAUACAUUUGCUAUCUAAUUCGAAACAUUUUCUCCCCCUCCGUGAAUCUAAUAUUAAUUGGAAAUUCAGAGUUAAGGUUUCCUCCUUCAAAAAGGAUAUACCAUUAAAAAUUCAAAUAUCCUUUGGACACGAUAGCUGCGAAUACCGAAAUAGUUUCACGUGCGAAAUUUCGAGCUGAAAUGUAAAUUUCCCCUCUGGGAAAAUAUACCUUGGAAUUAGAUAUGAAUUUUGAAAAAUAUUUGUCUGUAUAUUUGUUUAAAUAGAAAAUAGUAUAUCGCGCGAUCGAAGCUCGUUACGGGUUCGUUAAUAAUCGAACGAACCGUGGAAUGAACGUCAGACCUCGAAAUGGAAUUUUACUCGUCGCUGGCAAUCGAACGUCGCGUAGGAACAUUGAUUAGGCUCUCGUCCACGCUGAACGCUACAAAUCCACGUGUAAUUCAUUGUGUAGGCGCAAACUGUGAACGUAUAUAUACGUAUACAUACAAAUAAAACUAUUGAAACCCAAUACGUUGUGUUGUGUGAAACGGUGAAGAAAAAAAUCGUCGGACAGGCUUCGUAGUUAAUCACAUUACAUUACUUACGCUAGUCCGCUGAUAGAGAGUCGUUUGGUCGCAGUUCUCGUGCGUGAUUCCUGGCAUUUGCAAAAAGGCUGAAGGAGAAAAACGUGGAAGUACGAGAUCACAGCAAUGGCUUCCAAGUGCUCGUAAUUGUCGUUGAACGCUUCUCGCAGCUGGUAUGCGAUCGAAAUGUUUGUUUACAAUUGUUGACGUUGGUCCAGUUAACCGCUGCCUCGUUGUAAUCGUGUGCUGUUAGCUUUGGGGUGCCAAAGAAUAGGAGAGAGUACUCUGAAGGUUUGAAUAGCUGGAAACUCGAGUCGAGAUGCGCUGGUGGUCGUCAUACUGAGAUGAAUACUGUUUAUUGGAGGGACUCAAACAGUUUGGAUACUUUGAGGAACUCGAGUGAUUCAACAAAACAUCCGAGUCAAAAGAACAUUUCAAAGCUUUAAAGACUCAAAGUAGUGAAAAAUCAAAGUCCAUCUCUAAAUACUGAUGGCUAGAAAGCUUGAGUUAUCCCAAAGAAUUCUUGUACCCCGAUGGUUUCAGAAAAUAUUCGAGUACUCAUCUCGGUUUGAUACCAAUCACCCCAAGUAGAUCUCGCUUCGUUUUUCCGUAAGCAAGCUCGAUUAGGACCGAGCCCCCUAACCCGAUGCUUGACGUCCAACGCAACGAAGGUGUCGCGAAACGAUCUCGAAAACGAUUCGUCGGUGUGAUCCCGUGCCAGCGAAACGGCGAAUCGUUAAUGACGGUUGCAGAAGCCGACGGAGGGGAAGAUGGAGGGAAUACAGAAGAAGGAAAAAGCGUAAUAAGGACGAGAUGGAACCGGAGGAGACGGUUAAUCCUCUUACGCUGCUCGCGGGGAUUAAGCUCCGCAGACGUUUCGCUCGAUGGGUCGAAUUUCUUUCGACUCGUUCGAGCCGUGGAAACGAGAUGUCUCGCGAGACAUCGCCGCUGCAAAGAUCGAGAAACGGAAGGGAACCUGUUUAUACAGGAUGCCCUGGAAUUUUCUUGGGCAAACUGCGCUGGUAUAUUCUCGUGGAUGGAAAUGAGAGAAAAUGGUAGAACGUCCUGAAAUGCUUUGUAGGAAAGUUAAAAGAAUAUGUGGAGAGGGGAAUUCUUUUUAUAGGGUUGAAACAAUAUAUUAGCACAUACUAUUCGACGAACGCUUCCACUUUUAACUUUGGGACCUUCUCGUGUCAAUAAUUAAUAUUUUUAGACUCGAAGCGUUGAAGGCUCAAGGCACCUAGAGGACCUAAAUUAAGCUAAAUUAAGUUGUAACUUCUAUUAUGUCCUCCAUUUUAAAUUAUAUACAUGGAAUUAAUCUAGACAAAUACAAUUAUAGUUUUGGCUUCCACAUCACACCACUUUCUCAACUCUUCAACAAAGCAUUACAUGCAUAAUAAAUUGUUCUCAUUCCAACACAAAGAAUGCCCUGGAGCACAGUUUGCCAGAAAACUCCUGGGGCUGCAUUGCACCAAUUUUUUUUUUCCUGUAUAUUAAUCGUGCAGCUUGAUCGACCACGCCCCGGAAGUAGUCCUACGCGGAUCUUGAUCUACCGCGAAAAACCGCUUCAGUCACGCAGAAAGAUCCUCCCGCCUACGCUGACAUGAAUCUUUAAUAACCAACGGUAUCUCUCUAUAUUAUAUGUGUAUGUAUCUCUAUAUAUAUAUUGCUUGUAGAAAUAAGAAUCGUGUGUCCUAUCAAGACCUGCAGCCAGCUUUCGACCAACUCCCAGUGCUCAGGUAACGAAACCUUACAUCGUACCAACUGCGCGACACGACGAAACGGUUCGCAAGGUCCGUUUUCCGUUUCGACAGUAGUU